AUGACGCAGCCAGAACCACCAGGAUUGUAUCGCCAUCCGACAAGAAGCGAGAUCAUCGACCUCGCCGCAGCAGAAGGCCACGAUGCAGAUAUCCCAAGCAACCUCGGCUCGAUACACCAAGUGCCUAGCCAUACAUCGGAAAGGCGGCACUCAUUAGACGAGAAGAAGGGUGAAUACACAACUGGCGAAAGAGAUGUUGAAAAGGGAAACGGCUCAGGCUCAAUCUCCAGUGCAGACCAACCCGAUGCAGAAGAGGAACCUGAACGCGAUCCGAAUGUCGUCGACUUUGACGGUCCUAACGACCCAGAGAACCCAAUGAACUGGAAAGCGUCCAAGAAAUGGGGCAUGGUCGCGCUGAUCUCAGCUAUCACGUUCCUAACGCCUCUUGCGAGUUCGCAGUUUGCACCUGGUGUGCCGGAGGUUAUGCGCGACUUCAACUCGACGAGCGAUCUACUUGAAGGCUUCAUGGUGUCCGUUUACGUUUUGGGUUUCGCGUUUGGGCCAUUGAUCAUCGCACCGCUUUCGGAGAUGUAUGGUCGGCUGCCACUGUAUCAUAGCUGCAAUUUGCUGUUCAUUGUGUUCACGAUUGCGGCUGCAGUGGCGAACAAUAUGGCGCAGUUUGUUGUGUUCCGAUUUCUCAUGGGCUGCUUUGGAGGAGCGCCCAUGGUACUUGGUGGAGGGACUAUUGCGGACUUGAUACCACGAGAACAACGCGGUACUGCCAUGGCUGUCUGGAUGAUGGGUCCGACGGUAGGGCCUUGUGUCGGUCCAAUCAUCGGUGGGUUCUUGACAGUAGCAAAAGGCUGGCGGUGGGACUUCUGGUUCGUCGCUAUAGUGGGCGGCGCGUUCUUCAUCAUGUCACUCAUUCUGAUGAGCGAGACAUCUGGCAUCAUCAUUCUGCAACGGAAAGUCAACCGCCUCAAAGCCGAGACAGGGAACACAAAACUACGCUCCAAGCUGGACAGUGGCCUCACUCCACGCCAGCUCUUCAAAUUUUCGAUCAUUCGACCAGCCAAGAUGUUGUUCCGCUCAACUAUCUGCUUCGCCAUCUCUCUCUACAUUGCGAUUACAUACGCCUAUCUCUACAUUCUAUUCACCACCUUCACUGCGGUGUUCAAAGGACAAUAUGGCUGGCAUGGCGGUAUUACUGGUCUCUCGUUUCUCGGUCUCGGCAUUGGCUCCCUCAUCGGACAAUUCACCUACAUCCACUACGGUAACAAAGUGGUACACAAGCACAUGGCACGCGGCGACUUCCGACCUGAACAUAGACUGAAAAUGAUGUGCGUCGGCGGCUUCUUCAUUCCUUGCGGUCUCUUUAUCUACGGCUGGAGCGUGCAAUACCAGACGCACUUCAUGGUACCCAUUGUUGCAACAGGUAUUAUUGGUUUCGGUCUGCUGAUGACGUUCAUGCCUGCGACUACGUACUUAGUCGACGUGUUUACUGUCCAUGCGGCCAGCGCCAUGGCGGCGAGUACAGUGUUGCGUAGUGUUGCAGCAGCCUUUAUCCCACUGAGUAGUCAGACGAUGUAUGCGCAAAUGGGCUACGGUUGGGGCAACACUAUGCUGGGGUUCAUCGCUACGUUACUGAUCCCGAUACCAUUCUUGUUCAUCAGGUACGGAGAGAACAUCCGCGCUAGAAUCUCCUACAUCAACACGCGACUCGCUCCGCCGCUCACGGAAAGUAAGAGCUACUUCACUAUGGCAUCCUCACUACCAGAGUCCAACACAUCUCUCACAUAUACGCAACCUUCAUCUCAACCACAUCUUACACAUACACCCAUACCGAAGCCAGGUCCCCAAGAAGUCCUGGUGAAAAUCAAAGCCGCAGCUAUCAACCCGGUCGACAUCCAACUAUGGGGAAACCCCGUCAUCGGCUGGCUAGCAGGCAAGAAGGAGAAAGGAAUAGGACGCGACUACUCUGGCGAAAUCGUGUCGAUGGGCGAAGAAGCAAGUAAGAGUGGGAAAUGGGAGAUGGCAGAAGGAACAUUUACACAGUAUCUCUCCAUCAACCCAACCUCAGAGCCCAUCGCAAAGAAACCCACUACCCUUUCCCACCACGAAGCCGCCGCCAUCCCUCUCGUAGUCCUAACAGCCUUCGCCUGCCUCGACUGGCUCCCCUCCACUACCAACUCCCCAUCCCCCUCCCAACGCCGCGUCAUCGUCUCAGGCGCCAGCGGCGGCGUAGGAAUGUGGUGCGUGCAACUUGCCAAAAAGCUCUAUUCCUGCCACGUAACCGGCAUCUGCUCCGGCUCCAACGUCGAUUUCGUGCAAUCCCUCGGAGCAGACGAAGUCAUCGAUUACCGCACACAAGACGUGCCCAACUCGCUUCUUUCCAAACGGCCCGGCGGCACGAAAUACGAUUUGUACAUUGACUGUGUGGGCGGUACGGAGAUGUUUGCGCAUUGGAAUGAGCUUCUUCAUCCGUCGGGCGCGUAUAUUACUAUUGUGGGGGAUAAGACUUCGAGGACGGCGAUGGGCGGGCCGUUGACGUAUUUUACGUAUCCGUCGCAGGUGAUGAGACAUGUUUGGGGGUACUUCUUUGGGCCGAGGUAUGCGAAUGUGAUCUUGUAUCAAAAGAGUGAGUUGCUGGAGCAGGUCAGGGAGUUGGCGGAGAAGGGCGAGGUAAAGGUUGUAGUGCAGGAUGUCGUUAAGGGAAUCUUGACAGAGGAAGGAUGUAAAGAGGGGUGGGAGAAGGUCAAGGGGUACAUGGUUGAAGGCAGGGUUAGGGGGAAGAUUGUUGUUGAUGUUGCGUAG